AUGCCAUCGAGCGUUCACGUUGGAGAGGAAAAGACGACCAGCUCCCACGCCAUCGACGCCAUUUUUUGCGACAGUCUGCACUUGAGCCGAACUCCCAGUCCAAUGAGAGUGCUCCCGAGGACCAUUUUGGUCCUGACAGGGAGAGGGUGGGAAACCCGACUUCCUGACAUGAACGGUCAGCCAGAUGUUAUUGACUCGGAGGUCAACAGGUCCGUAGACGCCAAAGUCAAGUCAAAUGCCGAAGAGAGAACAAAUUUUUGGGUAUUAUGGCAAAAAGAAAGGUUCGUGGUGCUCCGCUUUAGUGCGUCAUCGAAUCCUCGAGAACGGGAUCUCGAACGCGGCACGCGCCGUCCCCCAACAACACAAGUAAGAUGUAAACGAAAGGUCGUCUGGUGGAAAGAAGUGUUGAGCGAGGAUUAUUUCCCGAAGCAAGUGAGGGAGCAGUGGAUCUGGAGGGCAAAGAAGCGUCAAAUCCACAACGAUUAUCGUGAAUCCUUGGAUUCGCUGCUGGACAAGGUCGAAGAGUACAUAUACAUAGGCCAUGGACGAGACACGAUCCAUCUUCAAUCAUCACUGACCGAGCGGUGCACUAUCGUGGAGCGCUUUGCAAACGGCUUGCUUCUGAACUUCAUCAUCGGCCCCUUCCACGACGAUGCUCAGCGUGAUCGCGUAUUACAUAUAUUCUCGAUGCUCUGGCUGGGACUGACGGACAAUCGCUGCACUGCCAUGAAGUUUACCUUCCCCAGUUAUUUUUGCGGCAGCGCUGCAUCUUUCACGCGCCCCGCUUCUGUACCGGGCUCUGCAGCACAAAUUUUAUCACCAGCCAUCAGGGCCUCCAUGAACACCUGUCUCAAAGUCGCCGACGUGCGCUGA